CAGCCUAGGAGACCAGGCAUCAGCCUAGCUCUGUUUUCUCAAAAAAAAUCAUAAAUUUUCUUUCAUAUAUGAAAGACCUAAUACCAAAAUUACGCGAAAACUCUCAAAUAAUCCCCGAAUUCAUAAACGAUCCUUACUAUCAUAUAGUCAUCUGUUUCUCUACGAAAAAUAUCUCUUAUAAGUAGUGUUCAAUAUAACUAAAACUAAUAUAAUUAAAUAUAAAUAAUUGUUAAAUUAAUAGUUUAAACUUAAACGCGGCAGAUAAAAAAGACUAAAAUAGAGAAAUAGAGGUUACCGAUAUGUCAAAGAUAACUCUGGACGGCUUUUUUUCCUACUGCAAGCAAAUAGCUGAGCACAUCCAGUUGGGAGAGAAAAUGGCGUCACUCUCGGGUCAGAGCACUCCCAAGCUGACGUCUGGCGUUGGAAAUCUGUAUUAUGAUUCUAUCCUCCCGUACCGCGAGGAGGCGAGUCCGCAGACGCGGGAGUUCCUCGCGAGAGUUGUCGACGUACUGCUGGAUUUCAUCCAGAAGGUCAACGAUCGGAAUGAGAAGAUCCUCGAGUUCAAGAUGCCGGAAGACAUGCAGAAGCAGCUGGACCUGGCACUGCCAGAAGACCCUCUGCCUCUGAAGCAACUGCUCGAAGACUGCAAGACCACCCUCAAGCAUCAGGUUAAAACUGGCCACCCCCACUUUUUCAACCAGCUGUCCUGCGGGCUGGAUAUCAUCUCGCUGGCCGGCGAAUGGCUGACGGCUGCCGCCAACACCAACAUGUUCACGUAUGAGAUCGCGCCAGUCUUCAUCCUCAUGGAGAACGUCGUGCUCAUGAAGAUGAGGGAGAUGAUCGGCUGGAGGUCUGGGGACUCAAUCCUUGCACCAGGUGGCUCGGUGUCCAACCUUUACGCGUUCCUAGCAGCUCGUCACCACAAGUUCCCGCAGUACAAGGAGAAGGGGCUUACCAGCAUUCCCGGACAUCUCGUCAUGUUCACUUCUGACCAGUGCCACUACUCCGUGAAGUCGUGUGCUUCGGUGUGCGGACUUGGCACGGACUACUGCGUGUGCGUGCCGUCGGACGAACGCGGGCGCAUGAUACCCACCGAGCUGGAGCGGCUCGUGCGCUACCACCGCGACCGGGGACAUGUGCCGUUCUUCGUGAACGCGACUUCUGGUACGACGGUGCUGGGCGCCUUUGACCCGCUCAUGGAGAUCGCUGACAUCUGCCAGAAGUACGACAUGUGGAUGCACGUUGAUGCGGCUUGGGGCGGCGGCUUGCUGUUCUCCAAGAAGUACCGCCACCCGCGUCUCACCGGCAUUGAAAGAGCUGAUUCCGUGACAUGGAACCCUCACAAGCUGAUGGGCACUCUGCUGCAGUGCUCCACCGUGCACUUCAAAUACGAAGGCAUCCUGCUGAGCUGCAACGCGAUGUCAGCCGAGUACCUGUUCAUGACAGACAAGAUCUACGACCCGCGCUACGACACGGGCGACAAGGUGAUCCAGUGCGGCCGACACAACGACAUCUUCAAGCUGUGGCUGCAGUGGAGGGGCAAGGGAACCUCGGGCUUCGAGCGUCUCAUGGACAGGCUGAUGGAGCUGACGGAGUAUAUGGUGCGCCGCAUCAGGGAGCAGAGCGACAAGUUCUACCUGAUCCUCGAGCCGGAGAUGGUGAACGUCAGCUUCUGGUACCUGCCCAAGCAGCUGAGGGGCCUGCCCCAUGACAAGAACAAGGAGGUUAAGCUGGGCAAGGUGUGUGCCAAACUAAAAGGCCGCAUGAUGCAAGCUGGCACCAUCAUGGUGGGCUACCAGCCCGACGACCGGCGGCCGAACUUCUUCCGCAACAUCAUCUCUUCAGCUGCCGUCACCGAGAAGGACGUGGACUUCCUCCUCUCGGAGAUUGACCGCCUCGGACACGACAUCAUCGUGGAUUAAAACUAUGACGUCACUCAACACGUCGUAAGAUUUAUUUAACAUUUAGCGUCGAAUGUUCAGUAAAAUUUAACAUUAUUCUGUUACAAUUCGCUCAAAUUAUUAUUAUUGCCAAUUUACAAGGAUAUAGAAUAAGUAAUUUAUUAUAUUAUGUACCACUAUUUACUGAAGUAACGUGUUACUAAUUUUAGGUUUGUACUCGUAGGUGUGAAUUUGAUGAUAUAUAACAUCAUUUGAAAUCUUAGUGAAGAGUACUCAUCAGAAUAAAUAUAUUUAAAUUAACGAAAUGCUUGCGUAUGAUUAAUUCUCAACAUCGAUCUGUCUUCCGAUAGUGUAGUUUGUAAUUAAGAUUUAUUUAACGUAAAAGUAUUGUUAAAAUAAACUCUGUACGGGUAUAUAUUUUCGUCUAAACUAUAUCUGUGUGUGAUUUCAGGAGUGCCAUGUUUAUAUGUGUGUAUAAUGUAAACUAAUUGUAAAAUGUAGUUACUAUUAGACUUUACUGGAAUAUAUAAAUGUAAUUCGUUUGUUUUCAAUAUAUUUGGUCCAGACAUAUUUAACAUGUUAAAAAUACUUACGAAAUCUACUUCACUUGUUUAUAAACAUAAAUUAUAUAAGUUGUUGAACAACAAUAAAAAAUUUAAUAAUUCUUGAAUUUUGUUAGAGUUUAUAAAUCUGACCGUCUACAAAUAUAUAUAGGUAUAAUUAUUUUUUGUUAUCUUUCAAAAUUAUAAUAAAGUUUCUCACCUUAUUGUAUUGACAAUGAAAAUAUUAUAUUUAUGUAAGUAGGUAAUACAUUUAGGUAAACGUAUGCUAUAAAUGAUAUAGUGUUUAGUGUGAUAUGAAUGGAUGAGGUACUUCGGUAGCUACUGAAUGAAAAUGAAAAAUAAACUUUUUGGAAUUGUUCGUGAGUCUGUUUGUAAUGUAGAAAUUCAGAAUACGUAUAAAGUUUAUUAUUAUAUUAUAGGUCUCUCACUCUAUAUAACUCACUGAUAUAUAUUGUAAUUAAUAAUACCAAAAAAUACUAUUUAUUAUUCGUUUGAUAUACAAGGAGAUAUUUUUUGUAGUUUGCAAAUUUCUUUUGGUGCUUUAGUAUCGUUAGUUGAAUAUAUUUUUUGUGACAGUCUUUUUAAUUAGUCUUUUAACUUCGGGGACAUUUCAAACCUUUACAGUAUCGGUAUUUUAUAGAUUUUGAGAACAUUUAUCUAAGUGGUAGGUAUCUUGUUACAUUGUAACUUAAAUAUUUUAUCAUAAUAUAGAUAGGUAUAUAGGUUUAGGGAAUGUAAUUCACUUAUAUACGAACAUAUCUCCCGUUUUGCCAAUUAAUAAUAUAUUUUAAUAUUUUGAAAAUGUUUGGCGCGUACAAAAUAACUCGAUCUUUUCUUUUUCUUUUCACAUAUUAUGGUAAUUUGUUUUUUUUUGGAUAUAGGUAAGAUUAGGUUUAUGCUGAAACUUUAAACUAUAAUCAAGUUACAACAAUUCGUGUUCAUUUGAUUGGUACAAUUUAUUCAUUUUAAGUAGGUUUAGUCACUAAUUAUGAUUUUGAUAUAGACAUACUCGUAUGCAUAAUUAUUACGAUUAUAUAUUUUAUUUUACAAAAAAUGUGGGCUGUGUGGCUAUCAAAUUCCUAAACUAAUUGAUUAUCUACCACGAUACGCUAGCCGCAGUAUGAAUAUUGGUUUAAAAAAAAAAAAAAAAAAAAAACAUACAUACAGCCGAACGUAGAACCUCCUCCUUUUUGGAAGUCGGUUAAAAAUAUGGGUCUACCCCCACUCAAGCGCAAAAGUAUUACUUAGUGAACAAAUAAAUACAUUUAAAAAUCAUAAUAUUAAAUGUUCUGCUUUUUUAGAAAAAACAGCCAGUAAUAUACAAUAUCUAUCUUUUGCCACUCUUUUGCUUAUUUUUUAAUUUUUAUUACUUCGAUUUUUUUACAUAAUUAGAGAUAAUUAUUACUAGGAUUAAAGUAGUUAUUCUAACGGUAAUAUGUGUAAAUAUACGAAAAUCUUGUGACGAUGACAAUAAUAAAAUGUAGAUUAGUGAUAUUUUUAGUUUUUAAAUCGACGCCAUCCCGAUUUUCACAUUAUGGCGUUUAGGACGAUAACCUUAUGUUGUAAUAAAUAGUUAUGCGAAUAAACUAUAAGUUUAUUCGCUAAGAUUUUAAUGAAAACUGUCUGUCAAAUUAAACAUUAACAUGUAAAUAAGUAGACUUUAUAAUUAGAAAGAUUCGAAAACUCGUGCAUGUAUCUAAACAGAGCGUAGAUACUUACCUACCUAUUAUCUUCUCAGGAUAGAUCAAUAGAUUUUUCAAACCUUAUAAAUUUUUAACCAGCGUUGAUAAUCAUUGUGAAAUUAUGAAUCAAUUGUAUUUUUUCCUUUUUAUAUUUUAUUAUGUGUAGUUAUUUAAAUAUAUAAUAUAUUCUAAGGUAGAUAUAUGGGUAUCAAAAGCUUCAAGCUUUAGUUAUAUAAAAUGUCAUAAAAUAUUUAUUGUCAAUGUCAAUAUAAUAAGACAAAAUCUUCCAAAAUGUCUUCCAAGUUUGUUAAAAAAUUCUCAUGUAUAAAAUAAUGAAAAAUAUCCCUUAUUUGAAAAUUUUAGAUGCAUAUGCAUUGUGCGUGAAUGUUUCAUAAAAAUUUCAUAAUGUAAAAUGGUUCAAUUUAAACCUACCUGCCACAAAGACAAAGAUUAAAUCUUUUACCCAAUGACGAAGGAAAGAGCUACUAUAUUUUGACCCACCAUUGUAUAGGAUAUCAUUGAAAAAGAUCAUAUCAAGAGACUUAUGAAUUGUUUUCAUGCUUGAAAACUCUGUCUGUCUGUCUGUCUACUAUCUACUCUUCAACAAACACAGCCUUCCUAAAUUAUAAUAAUAAUAUUGGUCUUAAAAUUAUACUGUCUUUAAAACUUUAAAAUAAAGAAUAUAUAUACCUACCAAUCAAUAUUAUUUGUAUAGGCAAGGCAUAGGCAACAAGUAGGUAGACUUUUAUUAUGAAUUUUGGCAGGUGGGUAGGUAUUUGUAUAUUUUUAAGGUCUCAUUAUGUCAAUUUGUCCUGUUAUCGACUCGACUGUGUAACGCCCUACUCCGCAAAUCCCUAUAUUGUGGCGCCUCCCGCGCGAGAUACGUGAAAACUGCCCAUGGGCACAAAAGUUCCCAAUUUCUUUUAAGUUGUAGGUAUAUUGGAGCUAUAAAAACUAAUUUAUUGGUGGGAAUUAUUCAUUAUGGUAGCCGAAUUUUAACAUGGCAACCCAAUUAUUUUAUGAUGUUGUAUUGAGUGAAUAAAGGUUUAAUGCUUUUGCUUAAAAAUAAGGGAUAUUUUUACUGUAUGUUGUGUGUUAGCGUAGAUGCGGCGUACUUAUAUCAUGUUUCGAUUGUCUUUACGACGCGUUAGCCAAAUUAUUACUCCCUGUUGUUGCUGAUUGUGAACCUGUAUAACCUAAAUAUAUGGUAAUGUUGUUAG